UUGCGAUCUUAAGGCAGUAAUAGGAUUACAAAAUCUCAUGGGGAGGUCCUUGAUAAGAAUUGAGUCCAAGAACAUACAAAUGCAUGACUUGAUUCAAUUGAUGGGCAUGGAUAUUGUGAACCAAGAAAGCGAUGAUCCCGGGAAACGCAGCAGACUAUGGCUGUAUGAUGACGUUGUCGAUGUUCUGUCAAGUGACAUGGAGGAUUGUGUUGUAAAAGCCAUAGUAGUGGAGGCACUUGAGCCGACAGAAAUAUGUAUUGGUCCUGAUGAUUUUACAAAAAUGAGAAGGUUGAGAUUGCUCAUUUUGCGAAAUGUGCAUAAUUCUUUCCAAGGUCCUACAUGUCUUCCUAAUGAGCUAAGAUGGUUUCGAUGGGAUGGAUGUGCUCCUCAGAUUCCCAAAUUUUCCUCUGGUCAAAAGAAAUUAGUGGGACUUGAUAUGAGCAAUUGCAGUAUCACAGUAGUGCCAAAUCAAUUUAAGGGCUUCCAAAAUUUGAAGUACAUGAAUUUCAGUUACUGCGAGUCGCUGGUUUGCAUGCCUGACCUCUCGUUUACUCCAAAUCUCGAGGAAUUGUAUAUGCAUAAUUGCAAAAGCUUGGUAGAAGCCCAUGAGUCCAUUGCAUAUCAUGACAAGUUACAGGUGUUGGAUUUAAGGGAGUGCCUUGAACUUAGAGUUUUUCCAAAUGAGCUGAAGUCAAAAAAUCUCCGACGUCUCCAUCUUGAAAAAUGCACAAAAUUUGAAAGAUUCCCUGAUAUUCCACAUAAACUCGAAGGCUUGAAAGAGCUUUAUUUACAAACGACCGCUAUUAAAGGACUUCCUACAUCAAUAGAAAAUCUUGUCUCUUUGAACCAAAUGUACAUACAAAAUUGCAAGAACCUGGAACAUGUUCCAUCUAGCAUUUAUAAGCUACAAAGCCUUCAUCACUUGGAAGUUAGCUCUUGCACCAAUUUAAUUGGGUUUCCAAAGUACGAGGACUCGGCUGAUCCAUGCAUGAAGACUGGACUUCCAAAGUUAUACAGUUUAGACCUCUUAGGAUGUAAUUUGUCCAAAGUAGAGUUUCUUGAGAAUCUUUCCUAUUUUCCCUUCUUGGAAAGGUUAUAUCUGCAGAGGAACAAUUUUACUAGUCUUCCUACAUCCAUCACUAAGCGUGAUCAUUUGUGCCAGCUGAAUGUUAGAAAAUGCCAUCAAUUACGAGAGAUUCCCGAGCUUCCACCACUUUUGAAUUCUUUUCAGGCGGAUGAUUGCAAAUCUCUGCAAAAAUUUGGAGAUUUAACUUCAUUUCGCCAUCUUGUCCGUAGAAAGUUGACCAUGGCUAAUACUUCCCCACUUGACCAGAAGUUUCGUGGCUACCCUGGUUACUUAAUUACUCUCCCAGCAGGAGAGUUGCCAGAGUGGGUCCUCCCUGUUGAAGAGGAUUCCGUAUCUUUUAUGGCUUCAGAGGACUUGUAUGACAAGUUUUUUGGAUUUGCUCUUUAUAUCGCUCUCGGUAAUGGUGAACAGACAGAGGGACACCCUUUUAUGCUUCAACCACGUGUUAAUGGUGAUCCUCGGAGUUACCUUGUACCUUAUUUCGAACGCUUUGGGUCGGAAUCGGAUCGUAUUUGGCUUGAGUAUUUUGAACCAUUUGAGCUGUGGCAAGAAGUCGAUUUUGGUCAAAUUGAUGGGAGUUAUGCACAAUUUAGCAUAGCACUCUCGGGUAAAAAAGUGAAAAAGUAGGGAUUCCGAAUAAUAUGCAAGUCACUAGAGGACGAUUUAAAGGUUAUUCUCCGAGACAAUCAGCUAAUGGAUCCAGCUUUACUCUAUGAAA